CCAAACGACGUAACUUUAUUGACAGCAUAGCACAUUAACAAUUGGAUGAAACAAGUGGAAACGUAAAAGGAAAUAGACGAUGGUCCAAAAGUAAGUAUGGAAAUAGACGAUGGUCCAAAACAGGCUUUGCGAUAGAACAACAAAUAUGGCGUAGCAGGGCUUCAGUACCUCACAGUGGACGACAGCCAGGCCAGCAAAACACUGCGGAGACAUCCUCACUGCGGUGCCAAGUCGACAAAAUGUCUUCACCGAAGACGAAAACCCCAGGUCGAGCCGGGAGCGGCGGGGGGAGUCCGGUUCUCGGCGGCACCAGCAACAGUCGCUACGAGUUCAUGUCGCUCACCAAGCCGCUGAGCCGGUCGCCGACGCCGCCCCACCUCCUCCAGCGGCAGAGCUCCGACGCGGCCGCCGCGCGACUCCGCGCCUCGGAGAGCCCCACUCGUCGCCGCGGCUCCGGCUCGUCCAACGGCUCCGGGCCGCCGGAGGAGGACGGCAUUCGGCUGAACCCUUCGCUCCUCCGCGUGGCCCUCAGCUCGCUGCUCGCCGUCGACCUGUGGCUGUCCAAGAGUCUCGGGGUGUGCGCCCGGGAGGACUCGUCCCUGGGGAGUGCGCGGCCCCUGAUGAAGCUCAUCGAGGUGACGGGCCACGGGAUCCCCUGGCUGGCCGGAACCGCCUACUGCCUCUACAAGAGUGACAGCGCUGCCGGCCAGGAGGUCAUGCUCAACCUCUUCAUCGGUCUGCUCCUGGAUCUGGUCCUGGUGGCCGUGGUGAAGGCGACGGUGCGCCGCCGGCGUCCAGCCCACAACCGCAUGGACAUGUUCGCCACGUUCUCGGUGGACCGCUACUCCUUCCCGUCGGGCCACGCCACACGCGCCGCCAUGUGCGCCCGCUUCCUGCUGGCGCACCUGGUUCUGGCCACCCCACUGCGGGUCCUGGUGCUGCUGUGGGCGGCCACGGUGGGGCUGAGCCGCGUCAUGUUGGGCCGCCACAACGUCACAGACGUGGCUUUUGGGUUCUGGAUGGGCUACUGCCAGUACAACCUGCUGGAGGCGCUUUGGCUCUCUCCUCAGAACCUGCAGGCGCUGCUGGGACAUGUGGUGUAAAGAUCACACACUUGAUGUUAUUAUUGCCAAAAUUGUGGGAAAGCUGAAAAGCAGUCAUGCACUUUGUCGCCACACUACUCCUUCCUCAUUUCCCACCCGAUUCAAAAUGUUCCAACAUUGAAGUCUUCCCAAAAUUCAGGACACGUUUUCUACAAAUUCCCACAUUUUUUUUUCAGCAGCCCACUUUUUUCAGUGGAAAUAAAUCCCAUUGAAAUGAAUGAGACAUUUUACAGAUUUAACUAUCCAUCCUUUUUCUUAGCCGCUUAUCCUCACAAGGGUCACGGAAGUGCUGGAGCCUAUCCUAGCUGUCAAUGGCCAGGAGGCGGUGGACACCCUGAAUUGGUUGCCAGCCAAUCGCAGGGCACAUAGAGACAAAUAGCUGCACUCACAAUCACACCUAGGGGCAAUUUAGAGUGUCCAAUUGAUGUUGCAUGUUUUUGGAAUGUGGGAGGAAACCGGAGUGCCCGGAGAAAACCCACGCAGGCAUGGGGAGAACAUGCAAACUCCACAUAGGCAGGGCAGGGAUUGAACCCGGGUCCUCACAACUGUGAGGCCAACACUUUACCAGCUGCUCCACUGUGCCGCCCAUAUUUAACUAAUUCUCUGCAACCUCUGCACAUUUCAAUGAAAAUAAAUCCUAGUGGAAAUUGAGAUAAUUUUAAAUUUUCAAAGUGCACUGUUUGGCUCAUUCAGGACAUUUGGAGAAAUAUUUUUAAACAUUGCCAAGUUUUUUGUUUUCCCAAAUGAAGACCCAAAUUAGCAGAUAACACUAUAUUUAACAUCAUUUUCAGUCGUAUAUUCAAUUUGCAUUCCAUUUUGCACAAUUGCACAGUAUCGCAGUUCAUCUUCAGCUCUUCAGCAUUCCCACAAAAAUUCUAAAAAAAAAAAGAAAGUCUUUGUCCAGUUCUUGUUUUUAUUAUAGCUGCACUGGUGUGGAUCAUGCGAAAUUGUCCCACUAGGGGGAGUUGUUGGUGAAGUAAGUCCAAUAUUUUGUCUGGUCCAGUUUUAUAUGAUGCGUCCUAAAGGCAAGUUAAUAUUUUAUUUUUUGUUUGUUUUUUUUUUCUUUUGCUAAAAGCUGCUGCUGUUUUUUAGCAAUCCAAAAAUGAGCAAGAUUCUUGUUUUGCCACGUAGCAUGGACCGUAAACAUACUUGAACACCAACAGACUAUUCAGUCAAGGGGUGCAAGGAGCAUGAAGGAUUUCUUUUGAAAAUCAAUUUUUUAUACUUGACCUAGAUUGCGUCUGUCAUUUUGGAAGGGAUGUUGUUCAAAAUCAUUGUGACCCCUGGCUGGAGGGUGUUUUUGUUUUUUAAACAUUUCUGCUUCAUCUUCCUUUUUGUGUUUGGUGUUGUUCACAAUGAUUCAAAAAGAGUUGAUGUUUCGACAUUUAGCACAUACAACUGUAAAUAAAUGCUUCAAAACUGUU